GAGAUAAUUACGUUGACGUUAGAUUAACGAAUCGCUUUUUCAGUAUGUUUGGUCCUCCGCGCGCGCCGUAGAAGCAUGUUGCUGUUUGGAGGGUUUCGUGCAGAAAGUUAGCAAAGUGCAUCUAAACGUCACUGGAAUUUACCAAUUCUCUGGUAUGGGCCAUCAUUUGUGAUUUCUGGAGAUGACUGAAAUUUUGAAGACCAGGUUUGAGUUCCCCAGCUCCCUCAUUCAAGCCCAGGCUGUGAGGACGCUGGUCACUGCGGUGCUGAAAGAGAAAGGCCAAAUUGAAAGGAUUUGUCAGACCACUGCUAAAGGUCAAGCGCUGGAGUCUCUGUGGGAGCAGUGCAGCAGUGACAGUACCGUCGUCCGCUCGGCUUGCUGUGAUGCUCUGGUGCUACUCGUAGAACAGGGACAUGCAGAUCUGCCAUAUGUGCUCAACACCACCCUUAACCUCCUGCCCUCGGCACGGAAUGUUCAAGGGCUGAUCAAAGUGGUCGGGAGGCUGCUACAGAUCCAGGCAAGUCAGCGGGAUAACGGAGCAAGCUUCACCUGUCCAUAUUCAAUUAGGACCUUCCCUCACCCCUACAUCACAGUGCUGGAAAACCGUCCUGACUGCUGGCCUGCUCUGCUCCAGGAAAUUGAUGACUUUCUUCAGCUGGCUAAGGACAAAGAUGAGCCAGUAUAUGUGGAAAUGCUGGUACCAUUCCUUCGUUACCUGUACUGCGAGCCCCAGAGGUUGUCAGAAAACGCUCUGCUUAGACACAGCCUCCUCAGGGUCCUGCUCCAGCCACGAGGGGUUCCUGAGGCUGACAGCUUGCAGGAAAAGGGGGCGUCUGGCACUCGGGUGGUCCGUGAGCUAAUACACAGCCUCUUUGACCUGCUUCCAUACAUGCUGGUGGACAGUGUUACUGCAGUGGUUGAGUUCAGCUCAUUUGCUGAAUCUCUGACAUCGGCUCUGCUCAUCGAUCCAGGCUUCUGGAGAAAGGAACUGACUCAGAUGGCUCUUCAGCUCUUGUGUGCCUGUCAGCUGAGUCUUCAUCUGGGAGGAGAACUGAUGUCUCUCCUUCACACACUCCACCAGAUAAUACCUGCACAUGCAGAGGAACUCCCGCCUGAGCAAGUGAUCAUGGGAAUCUCCCUGCUACUGCUAAGUGCCUCCACCUCUCAACAAACUGCCCUCCUAGAGCUCGCUGUAAAGAUUGUCCCUCCUGAGCUUCCACCUCCUUGGGGUGCAUCUUUGCUGGUGAUGCCCUUGUUACAGGUGCUGUCCUGCUCCAGCCUCAUGGAAGCCCUGACAGACAUGCAGACACACACAAAAAACCUUGAAUUGACCAAUUCACUGUUGCAAACGGUUCAAAGAGAGCCCUCAAAUCGAAAAGAGGACUCCACACAGCUGAGUUUGCCUCUCAGCACUUGGUACAGCGAGCUGCAAGUGGCCACCAGCGUCCUACACCGAAUUUCCAUAGACUCCAUUGCAUCCAUGGAAUGGCUUUACUCCCUGCAGUCAUCACUCUCUGUCUGUGAACAUGUCCCAGAAAGUGUUUGUCUCCUGGUGUCCCAUGUUAUCGUCAGCAGUCACGGGGACCUCUGCAGGUUAGCGCUGGACACUGCUGCUGCCGUCGCUGAGGCCGAUCCUGCUAAGGUGCCAUGUUUACUUCCUGUCCUGAUGUUUAAACUGGGCAGAGUGUCUGAUCCGGCUUUGUCUCACUCUGUUCUCUAUACUCUGCCAAAACUGGGAACCCACAAGUUCUGUAUCCCACAGGUGCUUCAUGUCCUCCAAACUCUGGGCAGUUCAUCCAGACUGAGGCCUGUGGCUCUGCGCCUCUUAGCACUUUUAUGGAUAAAACAGGACCGUGUGUAUCCGGACCUGCAGAGACUGAUGUCACAGCUUGAAAAAUCCUCAGUGGUCUUGGGAAAAGAUACGCAAUGGGAGCAGAUAUUGGCCAGAGCAGCCUGCAUCAGAGACAUCUGCAGAGAGAGGCCGUACCAGCAUGGAGGAGACAUGCUGGCUGCCAUCACCGACACACUGAUGCAGUUCUCCAGGAAGGAUCAGGCCACUCCUGCUGCUCUGGCACUGGAGGGCUUACAGGAGCUCUGUAGAGCUGAGGUAGUUGAUAUCAUCUCCACCUGGAAGGCACUCUCUCCUAAGCUGUGCUGUGACACCAGACCCCUGGUCCUAAAGGCCACAGCUGAACUUCUGGCAUUAGUACCUGCUUUAAACGUCAAAAGUGAAGAAUACGAGGCACGAGACCACCAACCCCUGUUUCUUAUUGAUAAAUUCAGAAACGAGGCAGUCUGUGUUUUAUGGGGCUACGCACUUAGUCAGGUCCCAGAGGUUGCAAGCCAGGGUUUUAAAGCUCUCUCUGAGUACCCUGAACCAUCUCACACCAUCCUACACUUGCCAGAGCAGGCCAGACCUCCACCAAAGCAGCCUGAAGAAGAGGAUGAAGGGAAGGAAAAUGAAGAUGAUAAGGAUGAAGAUGUUUCAGUGCCAGGGACCUCAUAUGUGAAGCUAGUUUGUCUCACACCACGAUCUGUUUUACCAGCCCUCGAGACCUUCCUAACAGCUCUAGUAAGGCAGGAGAUGAACCAAAUGCCCCGUGGCGUGUACCAUUCAGCUCUGAUUGGGGGGAAUUUGCGCUCUGACCAGGGAAAAACUGUAUCUGGAAUUCCUUCUUUUAUGCUGAAAACAUAUGAAAAGAACAAGCAGCCGGGUCUGAAACCUGGCUUAGCAGCUGGGCUUCUACUCUGUUAUGACCUUCCUGUUCAAACUGACAAAGAUGGACAUCCAAUCACACGCUUUCUUGUCAGCAGAGGGCGGAGUUAUCAACAAAUGUUAGCCACCCUUAUUCAUGAGGUGAACAUCCAGCCGUCUGAAUGGCAUCGUUCUCUGCUCUUGCCCCAGGCCUGGCGGGGCUUCAUGAGCCGGGCUUACCAUGCAGCUCUCAAGGGUCGAAAGGCAGAGCUGGAGAUGCUGCAGAAGCAGGGUAAAGAGAACCCAGAGGAACUGCAGUACAAACAGCACUAUGCCUGGCUCUGGGUCAGAGACCAACUGACUGAUGUGGUCAAAUCUGCCGCCAAAGAUAGUCCGGUUGUUCAAGGCAAUUCUAUCCUGGCACUUAGUGGCCUGGCUGUUGUCUUAACCAGAUAUGAGAGCAACCUUCCUACGCAGUCUGAAAGUGGACUUGAGGUGGGUUCGGACUUCCUUCCCACAGUUCACUGGCUGACGAUGGUGAUUGACACACUGCUCAGCAUUGUUAGCAGUAACAGUAACCCUAAAGGACAAGUCUUCCCAUGGUUCAUUCAUCGCUCAUAUUCGGGUGAGAACACAGCGAGUGUGAUCGCGCGCUCCUGUGCUGCUCUGGGUCUGGCGUUGUUGGUGCCGGUGCUGGUGACCUCGUGCAAAAAGAACAUUCCUGCUAUACUGGGCACGCUAGCAGCGGGACUGCCGGGCUCGCCCUCCGCAGACGAAUCUCAGGCACUUCAGUUUCACAGCGGCUUGGCUCUGGGCAUGUUUCUAGCCUGGCUGCAUGAUGAGAGAAUCAGUGAUAUAUCUGGGCUGUCAGUAGCAGAGCUGCUUGUGAAACAUCUGGAGCGACUGGAAGAUUGUUGCUUUAAUCCCAAUCUGGAGUACAAUGCUGGUUGUGUGUUAGGUGUUGGGUUGGUACUCAGUUCUCUCAGUAGCAGUAGUCAGUCUGAGCGGGACGGUGUGCAUGUGUCUCUCACGCUGGACAGACUCCUGCAGACCCUGCAGGACAGCAGCAAUAUGAGCCGCAUGCUGCAGGAGGUUUUGGCCUAUUCUGUGGCGUGUGUUGCAGUUUCAGCAUUUAGUGCAGGCAUUAUUGAGGCCAGUAAGGCUGAGGAAAGCAUGAACACACUUCGCACCCUAACAGAGGAAAGCCAACAGACACCAGGCUUUGCUUUGGCAUUGGGGCUCACAGUGUUUGGACUCUCUUCUUUUGGUCAUGGUAAAGCGGUGGACAUUCAGCCUCGUCUGCUGGCUGCCUGGACCAAGAUACUGCUGGCAGAGGGUUGUCCCACAAUGCAGAGGCUGUCUGCCCUCAAUGGACUGAUCGCAUUAGUGGGAUCAGAGAUGGCUCUCAUUCAGCUGAAGAGUGAAUCAGAGGAGUCCUCACAGCAGCAGGGCAGACUGAACGAGGUCAUCCGAGCCAUUACACAGAUCAUCACUUUUUCAGGAACAAUAGGUCUGCAGUCUAAUGGAGCAUGUCUGCUUGGACACCUGCAUCUGGCCCACAUCUCCAGCAGCCACAGUCGAACCGCAGUUCCUCAGGACUUUGGUUAUCUCUCAGAGAAAAGUGUCAUCCGAGCUUCAGUAGACUUCAUCACCGAAGCAGGAAGGAAAGGACCUGAGUUCACUCCUCCACACCUAGUGAAGACAGUGCUGGCAGCUUUAGUGACGGUCGGUGGAAGCUUUCAGUAUCCUCCAGUCAACUGGAACGCCAUCCUCUCUCCGCUGAUGAGACUCGGCUUUGGUGAGGAGGUGCAGCAUCACUGUUUAGAGUUAGCUGCCAGUCAAGCCCAGUCUUCCCAGAGUGCCUCACUUUUCCUCGGCAUCUGGCUUGUGCCUCCCCUGGUUCACAGCCUGAGUCUCCGGGCUAGGGCUUCUCUCUACGAGUGCCUGAGCUCCUGGAUGAAGCACGUGGCUGAAGACAAACUGCAGGUGUACGUGGACAGUCUGGCAGUCCAGCAGUUUGUGCCCGACACACGUCCUCAGCGCCUGCCCCUGUGCCUGUGCAUCCUGAGUGGGCUGUCCAAAGCCAUGGCGGUCCCCAACCCGCCACAAAACUGCUGGACUGCCCUGAGCUCCACCACUGAAAAGAUCUACAACCUCUUACCUGAUAAUAUACCUGCUGGUGAGGUGGACCUGUAUGAAGCCAUGUGUUCGUGUCUGUCUGAACUGAGCGACACUGAGAUAGACCGCAUAGUAAAAGUUACUGAGGCUAAUGUGGAAAAAACAGCUUUCAUCCUAUCCUACCUGACCUCUAAAGGCAGAGUCCCUCUCCUGGGACUCAAUGAUGUCAUCAGUACCAUCCUCCAGGCUGGGAAUAAGAAACGAAUCAGUUGGCUUCUCCUGCAGACCCUCCACCAAUCACGCUUCGCCUCUAGUCCCAAUACAGGGGUCUCUAAACGAAUGGAGUGGCUUUUGGAGUUAAUGGGCCACAUCAGAAAUGUUGCAUACGGAUCUCCUUCUGUUAAAUGUGUCAGUGUUGUAGAGGGAACCGACUUCCUCCUCGGUGUGUUUGCUGCAGCAGUGGUGUCUUGGGCUGACCAUUGUGUCCCGCUUCUCAUCGGAAUCAGGGCCCAGUGGUUUCCCUGGCAACAGUCCUCUCUGACAACAGAGCUGUCCCAUGACCUCUAUGUCAACCCUGCUAUCACAGAGCUCUCGGUCACGUCAUGCCUUCUUGCAAUCCCAUGCAGCAUGAAAAAACUACUCGCCAAAGAGCCGUGGAAAUCCCAGUCACAGAAGUUCAUCGACUGGCUCUUCAGUAUUACAGAAGGCCCUAAACUAGGUUUCUCUGAGACUGCCUUACUGACAGCCAAAGCGACUCUAAUGGCUCUGAGAUCCAGCUCUGAGUUCAAGAAGAAGGGUGUGUGGACCAGGGCGUAUGGUUGGUGACCUCACUCAAAGCUCUGACACACCAAGGACACCGUUUGUUUACAUGCAUCUUCAGAUUAGUAUCUACAUAACAAAGCAAAUGCUUUCUAGUUCCAAUACUCUAGUGAUAAACCCACCCGUUACAAACUAGAAUGAACACUGACAUGUUUAAUAGAUUGAAAGUAGGUAUACCAUGGUAUAGUAAGAACAAGAGAGAAAUGCAUAAAAAUGGCUUUAGAAAGCAUCAUUUUCCACUCUCAUGUAUUGCUUAUAAAAUGUAUUGAACAUUUUUCUGUGACCAAUUAAGAACAGAAAAUAAACACCUCUAUGCCACACCAAGUAUAUUUUUCUGCUCAAAAGAAGCUUGUGCUGUUUGCAUAAAUUUACUUUCAAUAAAGACUUGAAAUCCAGCUCAAGCUGA